CCACCAGCUAGAAUUAUAGAUAUGAUUACGGGAGGCUUGGAAGCAGGAGGUUUGAGCUCUAAGCAACGAAAGUUGUACGUCAGAGAGGUGAAGCAUAACAACCGAGCUCAGAAAAGAAAGUUUGACGAUGCUGACUGGAAGAAUCAACUCGUCACUUUCACAUCUAUUGAUUUUGACACAGUUGACACACCUCACAAUGAUCCUCUGGUCACUUCUAUCAUGAUUUACAACUGUGAGGUACAACGUGUCCUUGUCGACACAAGAAGUGCACCAGAUAUUAUGUACUUUCAUGGUUUUGAGAGUCUUGGGCUGGAUCCAGCUUUGUUGCAGAGGUAUGACAGUCCUAUCUAUGGAUUCAACAACCAACCUAUUCAAGUCGAAGGAGUCCUCACUUUUAAUGUUGCUUUUGGGAGUGGCCGAACUUAUGUUACCCCUUCAGUUCGAUUUCUAGUUAAAAUGGCAUCCUCCUUCAAUAUUGUUAUUGGCCGACCCACAUUGACCGAAAUCCGAGUUGUGGCAUCCCAGUCUCACCUUUGCAUGAAGUUCCCAACUCCCAUGGGGAUAGCAACACUAAGGGGUAACCAGGAGGUAGCCGGACAUUGCUAUAUUACCUCAGUUACAAUGCCUCAGAAAGGCAAAGACCAGACGCCAGAAGCCAGAAGCCAGAAGCCAGAAGCCAUUCCCCAACGAGUUCCUGACAAUCAGCAAGUAAUGGGUGUGGAGAUAGUAGACAACCGACCAGAGGAUGAAACAAGAGCUACUUCGGUCAAGGAUGUUGAAGAAGUGCAUAUUGACGACAAAGAUCCAAGCAGCAAGACACAAAUUGGAACUCGGUUUAGUCUGAAGGAGAGAACAGAGCUAAUAGCUUUUCUCCGAGCUAACAACGAUGUCUUCGCUUGGACUUCUACAGACAUGCCAGGAAUCCCAACCUCGGUUAUAAAGGAAGAGGUAGAGAAGCUUCUACAAGUUGGUUUCGUCAGAAGAGUUGAUUAUUGCGAAUGGGUGGCUAACCUAGUGCUGGUUAAAAAGGCAAAUGGCAAAUGGCGAAUGUGCAUCGACUACACAAAUCUCAACCAAGCUUGCCCCAAGGAUUGCUAUCCGAUGCCAAGCAUUGACAAACUGGUUGAAGCAACUUCGAGAAAUGAGAGGUUAAGUCUCUUGGAUGCAUAUUCUGGGUAUCACCAGGUGCUGAUGGCUCCGGAGGAUGAAGAGAAAACCUCGUUCUAUGCUGGUGACGAAAUCUAUUGCUAUGUCAUGAUUCCAUUUGGCUUAAAGAAUGCAGGAGCUACUUAUCAAAAAAUGCUAACCAUCGUCUUCCGAGCUCAGAUUGGCAAGAAUCUGGAAGUUUAUGUCGAUGACAUUGUGGUAAAGAGCCUGAAAGUAGAAGACCAUCUAGCUGAUCUCGAUGAAACUUUCAACAACCUCAAAAAGAAUAGAAUGCGGUUAAACCCAGCCAACUGCAUUUUCGGCAUGGAGUCUGGGAAAUUUCUAAGCUUCAUGGUUUCCCGGAGAGGGAUUGAGGUCAAUCCAGAAAAGAUCAGAGCAAUUGCUGAGAUGGAACCACCGAAGUCAGCCGCCCAGAAGGACGAAUCAGGCAAACAGAAGAAGUUUGAAUGGAACCAAGAAUGCCAAGCCGCAUUCGAAGAGCUGAAGUCUUAUCUUAGCUCAUCACCUCUACUGAUUAAGGCUAUAGAUGGAGAGAUUCUCUAUUUGUACCUUGGAAUUUUAGACGAAGCAGUUAGUUCAGUUCUGGUGAGAGAAGAAGCCAAACAACAGAAACCAAUAUAUUAUAUCAGCAGCGUGCUACAUGGCGCAAAACUGAGGUAUCCUAUUGCUGAGAAAACAGCAUUAACAGUUGUCACUUCGGCCAGGAAGCUGAGGCCAUAUUUCCAGUCACAUCCAAUCAUCGUCUUCACAGACCAACCUCAUCGACAGAUUCUGCAGAAGCCAAAAUCUGCAAUCCAAGCUCAAGCAUUGGCAGAUUUUAUCGUAGAAUGCACUGCAUGUCACUUAACCCUUAAUCCCGAGCCCAACGACUGGACCUUAUAUGUUGAUGGAGCAUCUAGUAGCAAGGGUUCAGGACCUGGUGCUCUCUUAAUUGGCCCAAAUGGAUACCGAAGUGAGCAUGCUUUGAAAGUUAACUUCGAUGCAACAAACAACAUGGCUGAGUAUGAAGCUCUGCUACUUGGUUUCCAACUAGCAUUGGAGUUAAAAGUCAUGGCAAUACGAGUAUACAGUGACUCACAGCUUGUGGUUAAUCAAGUCAACUUAAUCUGUGAAGUCGUUGAUCCUGUAAUGAUGAAAUAUGUAGCCUUGGUGGCCGAGCUGAAGUGCAAAUUCCAAAAAUUCUGUCUGAACAAAAUUCCCCGAAUUGAGAAUGAACAGGCAGAUUCACUUUCUAAAUUUGCCUCUGAUAGCUUUUUAAGCUCCAGAUCAGUUUUUGUGGAAGUCUUAGAUGAACCAAACUUCAUGAAGCCACGAAUGAUGGAGAUUAGCACAGACCCGAACACACCGAGCUGGACUGACUCAAUUAUCUUCUUUUUUACAAGACGGGAUAUUGAGUACGCACUUCGGGAGGUGCAUGAAGGUGUCUGUGAGAGCCACAUUGGUGCUAGAACUCUGGCUCACAAAGUCUUAAGAUAUGGAAUCCCAAAUCAGAUUGUGGUUGACAAUGGUACCCAGUUCAAUUGUUCUUCUUUUCGAGAUUUUUGUUCCAGCUACGGGAUCAAAUUGCAGUUCACCUCGGUUUACCAUCCGGAGUCUAAUGGUAUGGUAGAAUUUGUUAAUAAAGCCAUCUUAGAAGGAAUAAAGUCGAGGUUGGAACAGUACAAGGCCAGGUGGGUAGACGAGCUCAACAACGUCCUCUGGGCAUAUAGAACAACGAGUCGAACUGCCACAGCAGUCAUUCCUAUUGAAAUAGGAGUCCCAAGCUUUAGGGUAACUCAUUUCGAUAAAGGACGAAAUGGACAACUGCUUAGAGAAAACCUUGAUCUGCUUGGCGAAGUUAGGGAAGAAGCACAACUUCGAACUCUUGUAUACAAGCAGAAGUUAGCCAAUUUCUAUAACAAACGAGUUUGCCCUCGAACAUUCAAAGUAGGAGACCUUGUUCUUAGAAAGGUUGGCCUAACAAGGUUUGAAACUCGUGUUGGCAAACUAGCCCCAAACUGGGAAGGCCCUUACACAGUGGCCGAUGUGCCACAUCCUAGUGCUUAUAUCCUCCAGGAUACUGAAGGAAAGCAGAUUCUUAAAGUCUGAAAUAUCAAUAACUUGAAGAAAUUUUACCCCUAAUAAACUUUUUUCAAGUGAUCUAUGUCUUACUGUCCUUUAUACCUGUUACUUCUUGAUUGUUGAGAUUCAUUUUACCUCUUAUUCUGUAUAUCCGUGGUCAAUAUGCUUAAAACUCACUCCUUGAACUUCACUUUUAUUAAUGAAUGUCACUUCGCAUA